UGGCACCGGGGCACGGCGACCAGGGGUGCCCAUGCUUCCCCAGCGCUCCAGCAGCCCUGUGCCACAGUGGCAGCUGGCAGCCCCGCCUCGCUGGAACCAGACUGGUGCAAAUAAAGUUCAAGGUAACUUUACAGAUCAGGGUCAUAUUGCUUUUCAGCCGUCUGUUUGUAUAAAAAGCACACAAUGCCUAGCUGUGAGGCAGAAAUGCUCUCACCUGCUGUUGAUGUAUAGCUCCACGCGCACAUUUUGCUGCCACGGGGACCUUUGGCUCUAUGGCUACCAAGAUGCCAGCUGAGAAAUUUGGGAAAUGUCCAUGUGAGACACACGAUGCUAAGAGCAUCCUGUACCAGAUCCUUGACAAAGAGUGUGGGAGUGAGCACCAGAGGCAGCAGCACCAUCACAGUGUCCACCGCUCCACGGGAAAGAAGGUUUGCUCUUGUGCGGACAGGAGAAGAGUUGUCCUGAAAACUCCAGAAGCUACGUGCAGAAGAGCUUCUGAAGUGCUCUUGAAGACCUUAACUUUUAUUAGAAACUUGCCUUCUUUUUAUCAUGUGCCUUGGGAGGAUCAGCUUGUCCUCCUGCAGCAGAACUGGGCCCCUCUUUUUGUCCUGGGCAUGGCACAACAAGGUGUGGAUUUUGACCUGAGAGAGAUUUCAGCCCCUAGUUUAUUGAAAAAAAUCCUUCUCAAUCAGUCUUUGACAGAUUGCAAUGAACUGGGCAGCUCAUCACUCGGAGCAUCUUUAGCAGAAGUUGAAAAGAUGAAGAAUUUAUUGUGGAAAUUCUGGGACCUGGAUAUAAGUGCAAAAGAAUAUGCCUAUCUUAAAGGAAUUAUUCUUUUUGAUUCUGGAUGCCAUGUCCUAAAAUGUCUCCCCUAUGUACAAAUCCUGCAGCAGGAAGCUCAGCAAGCCUUGAUGGAGUUUACCUCAACAGUGUUCCAUAGAAACCUAGGCAGAUUUACUUGGAUUAUCCAGCUAAUCGCCUCUCUUCAAGACAUCAGUGCAGAUGCUGUUGAAGAGCUCUUCUUCAGGCCCAUCCUAGGAAAGGCCACUCUGAAUGCAUUACUUCUAGAAACCCUGUCUAUCAGGUCAGACUGGCUUUGAAAACAGAUGACAUCUGUGCUCUCAAAUACCUGCUUUUGAAGAGAUGAAAUUUCAAACAAAUCAUUGAUACAUCUUUGUAAGCCACAUAUAUUUAUUGUAUGAUGAAGUAAUUUUGUAUCAUUUUAGAAUUAAAAG